AAGUUUGUCAGGAGCGAUGGGCGAGCUGUUUGACGACGACAUGGAUAACUUGUGGGAGGGGUAUGGUAGACCGAUUGCUGAGGAGGAGGUCGAGGAGGGCUUUGUGCCUCUUCAGCGGAGGUUCAAGCAGCGACAGGCUGAAACCUUCGAGGAGGAAUUGGCGGAGUUGAGGCGGAAGCGGAGGGAUCUUCAGGAUCGUCUCUUCGAUAUGGUGGACAUCGGCGCCGAGAUUGAGCGAGCGAAACAAACCCUAGGCAACUCGAAUCUUGCCUUCGAGAGGCACGCCCUCAAAUUCGAUAAUAAAGAGAUACCCGAGGAGGAGCCCACGAAUUUGAUCGCCCGUUUGGAGAAAUCACGGAAGCUGCAGCAGAGCCGAGAGCAGAAGACGGAGGAGCCGCCACUGAUCAAGUGGUCUAAGUACGCGGAAAUGAGGAACGACUUGCCGAGGCUCAUUGGCGACAAGAUUGCGCCCAGAGUAAUGAGCCUAGACUUACCGAUCCCUCAGGUCGCCCCCGAGGGGACUGUCAAUCGAGAUAAGCCGACGGAAAAACGACGCAAGAAGCGCUCGCUACUGAAGCGCAAGAAAUCAGCUGGGCUGUAGAUUAUAAAUUGACUUUCAUAAUUAUCUCGGUAAUGAGUGGAGUUACAAGAAAACAGUAAAGGAACUUUUUGUAGGGAAUUUGAUUCUCUAGAAAAAGUUUCUUAUGGUGUUUUCUCGUAACACCAAUCAUUAACGAGAUAUUUGAGUAAUUUUGUAGGGAAGGGGUAAAACGUUUACAUGAAAAACUCAAUUCACGUCAGAUUGAAUACUUGAUUAUCUCGAUAAUGAAUGUAGAUAGAAGAAAACACUAGAGGAACUUUGUAUGCAGAAUUCAACUUUCUAUAAAAAAGUCCUCUUGUGUUUUCUUGUAAAAUCGAUCGUUAACGGGAUAAUUGAGUGAUUAGGUUGAGAAGCGGUAAAGCGCAACAAAAAAAGGUGAUGCACAUCAUAUUUAAUGCGUGAUUAUCUCGAUAAUGAGGGGAGGUACAAGAAAACACUAGAAGAACUUUUUGUAGAGAAUUUAGUUCUCUACAAAAAUUUCUUAUUGUGUUUUCUCGCAACAUCAGCCAUUAACGAGAUAUUUGAGUAAUUAGGUAGGGAAGUGGUAAAACGUUACAUGAAAACCUCAAUUCACGUGAGAUUGAAUGGUUUAUUAUCUCGGUAAUGACUGAAGUUGAAAGAAAAUACUGAAGGAACUUUUUAUAGAGCAUUUGGCUAUAUUCAAUCUCAGCACAGUCCUAAUUCACACAACUCAGUGGAGCGCCAAAGCCUAUCGCCAAGAUCGUAAAACUCUCCGCUUGAAGAUCAACAAUUCACGUUGAAC